AUGACAAUCAAAGCCAUGUCCGAGGUCGAGGACACAUCCGCGCACAAGCGUACCGCCUCCACGACCUCCGCCGUCCAAAACUCCCCGCCCCCGGCUAAGCGUCCCGCCCCUGCGACGCUGCCCACGGGCCGCCGCGACUUCCCGCACGCCGUAGCCUUGGUCUUUUACAAGGACGGUGGCGACGACAUCGCUUCUUCUACCACGGUCCUGGGUGUGUACGCUGGCCUCGCGGACGCCAACGACGAGGUGCGCAAGCUUGCCCUGGAGCAGGGCGCAAAAUUGGACGAUGCUGCCGCGCACAACACUGAGCCUGUAAGGUGGGACACUCCCGAAGGUGUGUCCUGCUGGGUUGAGUUGCACGCCGUCAAACCCAAGACUAUCGUGCGCAGGAAUGUUUCUGAAAGCUCGGCGGAGCCCCCGAAGAAGUUGUAUGACGCAGAGGAGGGCGAAGAUCCUGAUCUUGAUGACGAUGAUCAGGAGGAGGGUGGACACUACGAUUAA